AUGAAUUUUCACGACACCGUCCGUCCUGUACUGAUUAUAUUCCAGCUGUUUGGACAGUUUCCUCUCCAAGGGGUGCUAGCUUGUAAUCCCGUCCAUUGGAAAUUCCGAUGGUGCUCGUUCCAGACGAUUCUCAGUUUGGUGCUGAUACACGUCGGCCUGCUCCUGUGCUAUGUCGAAUACGAUCGCCUGAAAGUUAUAGGUGUCAACGCGGACAACCUCCUUGGGCCCCUGUUCUACCUGGAUGUUGUCCUCAUCAUGCUGCUGCUACUGCGAGUGGCCCGUCGUUGGGUUUCAAUCGUACCAAAGUGGGAACAAGUGGAAGGUCUCGAUGUGAUGCAAUACAACGCGCAAGAAUAUGGACGACGUUCAACAAGGCGAAUCCGACUAGUGGCAUUGUUACUGAUUUGCACUGGAUUCGUGGAACACAUGUUGUCGAUCGCGAAAACCGUCUACGUUAAGGUGGACGAAGCUCGUACAUGCCACUGGGAUUACAGUAAUCUCUCGGAGUACUACGCCCGUCGUACGUACAGCUUUUUCUUUCAACGAGUACCGUACAAUUUUCCAUUAUUUAUGUUCAUGGAGUAUGCCAACACAGCCCUUACCAUGGCCUGGACAGUGCAGGACGUUGUGAUCAUCAUGAUCAGUAUCGCCUUGGCGAGUUACUUCGAUCGACUAAAUGCGAGGAUCCGAUUUUACGCCAUGGUACAAGUUGUUGCUAAGGAAAAGUUCUGGUGUGAGAUGCAUGAGGACUACGUGUUGGUUAGUGAACUGCUUGAACAAGUUAUGGUUCUUUGUUCGCCAUUACUGAUAGUGUCUUGCGGAACUAAUCUCUAUCUCAUAUGCUAUCAGCUAUAUCAUCUCGUUAGGACCGAAAAGUAUGUCAUUAUGAUCGCAUUCACGUACUACUCACUGUUCUGCGUGAUUCUGCGAACGUUCCUGACCCUGCAUUACUGUUCGUCAGUACACGAGAUUGCUUCUAGACCACUAAAACUAUGCCGUCGCGUACCAACUGUUAGCUGGUGUGUAGAGAUCGAACGAUUCUACGAUCUCAUUCGAAAGAACUCGAUUGCGAUCAGUGCAAUGGGUUUAUUUCGACUCACCAAGCAAACGAUGCUAACGAUGCUUGGUGCUAUCAUCACGUACGAGUUGGUGAUGCUUCACUUCGCUCAAAGCACUGCCAACCGGGGUAUCGUGAAGGAAUGCUCCUCGGAAGAGUUCUCUUUCGAGCCGAAAAUGCAGAGCAAUGUAGAUUAG